AUGACAACUCCGUUCCCUCUCUUACGCCUUCCAAGACUCGCACUACUUCCAGUUUUUGAACAAAUGGAAGAAAGGGAAAUAAUUACAUUCACACUUCUCUCCAAAAGAGCCCAUAAUCUCUCAAAAAAUCUUCAAAAAGUCGGGCUAUCAGUAUCCGAAUGGAUCGAGCGGAUUCAAGAUGUGACAAAUUGUAAAUCGCUGAAACGCAUACAUAUCAACGGAGUGCCAGGAUUCGAUGUGUGCGAUGCACUUUCUUCACUGAAAAAUAUCCGUGAAAUAUUCAUCGGACUCUGGUGUCCAAACAGUUUUGCAAAGAAAGCCCUAGAAAUCCUUUCUCCAGUUACCACUGAAAUCACAAUCUGGAAAAUUCCAUUUGAGAACAGAGAUGAGUUUAGGACUUUUUUGAUGAGCAACUUAAACUUUUUGAAUGUUGACUCUCACGAAUUCUCGAGAUUCGAUCUUGAUGACUUUCUAGUUACCAACGCACUCAAAGUGCGAUUGAGAGGAUUUGAAUUCUUUGCCAGAGUUGUCAGUCAAUUUCUUACAAAUUGGUUUCACAGCAAAUGCGACUCUCGACUAGAACAUCUGUCAUUGGUCACAAUUGGAGAUAUCAAUGAAACGUGUCUUCCGGAAGUACUGAACGCUGUUCCAUUUGCAAGAGACCAAGAAAGAACGUUCUUUUAUUCAAAACAACUAGACACUCCUUCGAAAACGUUUUCUGGAGGAUAUGAUAUCGAAAGAACAGAUGGAAAGAAAGCCACAAUUGUAUUUGUACCAUGUCACACACUGACGUUUUUUGAUUUUUAUGUUUGGCCGUAA